AUGCGGUCUAUAAUUGCUGGUUGGAAUGCCAAGGUGGAUGCUGUGGUGUACCUGGUAGAUGCCUAUGAUAAAGAAAGGUUUGCAGAAUCAAAGAAGGAACUAGACGCACUUCUUUCAGAUGAGUCCCUCGCCAAUGUGCCGUUUCUUAUUCUAGGAAACAAGAUCGAUAUACCGUAUGCCGCCUCAGAGGACGAGUUACGAUACCAUCUCGGUCUCACAAACUUUACCACCGGGAAGGGCAAAGUAAACCUAGCCGACUCAAAUGUCCGUCCUCUAGAGGUGUUUAUGUGCAGCAUUGUCCGCAAAAUGGGAUACGGCGAUGGCUUCAAAUGGAUGUCUCAGUAUAUCAAGUAAGGUAACGAUCCAAGAGACGUGCUCGGAUGUCCCGAGCUCCGAUUCCAUCUCAUCACGCCGGACUUGGGGAAAAAUUCAUCAAAGUGUUUGAACCAGUCCCUUGGUGGGUUUGUAAGUUUGAUGUAUUCUGUUUCAGAAAAAAAAAAGUUUGAUGUAUUCUGGUUUGGAUCUGUAAAAUCUACUUGUGGCAGCAAAUCUAUAGUACUGUCGUUUUGUCAA